UUGAGCGGAGGGGCGGCUGGUGCCUGGCGCUGGCCAUUUCCUGGGCCAUUUUCUAAGCUGCCCUUCUGGGAACCGGCCAUGGCCGCUUCGGCGAAGCUGGUGGAGCAGCUGCAGCGCCGCGUCCGAGAGCUGGAGGAAGAGCUGGCCCGGGAGAGGGGAGGCGGCCCGGGCCGGCAACGAGCGAGGAUCGAGCAGAUGAGCCCCGAGGUGACGGACUCCAAUCCGUACAGUCGCUUGAUGGCACUGAAACGGAUGGGAAUUGUGCAAGAUUAUGAGAAAAUCCGCUCCUUUGCAGUAGCGGUGGUGGGUGUUGGUGGAGUUGGCAGCGUGACUGCUGAGAUGCUGACAAGAUGUGGCAUUGGUAAGCUGCUCCUGUUUGAUUAUGAUAAAGUGGAGCUGGCAAAUAUGAAUAGACUCUUUUUCCAACCCCAUCAAGCUGGACUGAGUAAAGUUCAAGCAGCAGAGCAUACUUUAAGGAACAUAAAUCCUGAUGUCCAGUUUGAAGUACAUAAUUACAACAUCACAACCAUGGACAACUUUCAACACUUUAUGGAUAGGAUCAGUAAUGGUGGAUUAGAAGAAGGGAAACCUGUUGAUCUUGUAUUGAGCUGUGUAGAUAACUUUGAAGCUCGCAUGGCAAUUAACACCGCCUGUAAUGAGCUUGGCCAAAUAUGGAUGGAAUCCGGAGUAAGUGAAAAUGCCGUCUCUGGUCAUAUCCAGCUGAUCAUUCCUGGUGAAUCAGCUUGUUUUGCGUGUGCACCUCCGCUUGUCGUAGCAGCAAACAUAGACGAGAAAACGUUAAAACGAGAGGGAGUUUGCGCAGCUAGCCUUCCCACCACUAUGGGAGUGGUCGCUGGCCUUCUUGUGCAAAAUGUCUUGAAAUAUUUAUUAAACUUUGGUACUGUGAGUUUUUACCUUGGCUACAACGCAAUGCAGGAUUUCUUUCCCGCCAUGAUAAUGAAGCCAAAUACACAGUGUGGUGACAGAAACUGCAGAAAGCAGCAAGAAGAGUACAAGAAAAAAGCAGCAAAAAAUCCUAAACCAGAAGUAUUUGAACAGGAAGAAGAAAUAGUACACGAAGAUAAUGAUUGGGGUAUAGAGUUGGUUUCAGAGGUUUCAGAAGCAGAAUUGAAAGCUGCUUCUGGUCCAGUUCCUGAUCUACCAGAAGGAAUCACACUGGCAUACACAAUACCAGACAAGGAAGAGAAUGCUGUAUCUGGGGAAAGUGUUGCGGAGUCGGAGGACAGCCUAGAAGAACUUAUGGCUAAGAUGAAGAACAUAUAGCACAAAGAGCACUUCAAGAAUACUGUAAUCUCAACUUUCGAGGAUAUGUUUUGUUACAAAUUUUGUUUUUUGUGGAUUAUGUUUCAUCAUGUGUUUGUCCUUGUAAUUAUGUGACUAAAUACUGUCAGCUAAGAAAUUUUCAGAAGGUAUGAUGGUCCAAAUUUCCAGUGAAACGUAAGGCAAACUGACAGGGAAAAAACACUUUAGUAUAUAACACAGAAUCCUUAGCUGCCUUUUAGACUAAUUCAGAUGAGGAUAAAUUUACUGAUAGUAAACAGUUUACUUGUUAGCAUGACAGUGCAAGAAAAGUAGAUAAAGUAAUUUUGCAAACCUCAUGAUCUUCAGCUAUAUUCUUUAGAAUGGAAUACUUCAGUGGUUGGUCUAGCCUUAUAGCAUUGUGUCAAUUCACUUAUAAUGGUAAACCAUGAUUCAGUGCAGCCUUCCCCAAUCUUGUCCCUCCAUAUGUUUUAGCAUGCAGCUCCCACAGCCCAAGAUCAGGGAUGAUGGGAGUUAUAGGCCAAAACCUUUAAGAGGGACCCAGUGUGGUGAAGGCUGUUUUAGCACUGUGUGUUCUGCAAGCUUGAGCAAAGCCUCAUGCUUGAAUGCUCCCCUCUUCUGUUACCAUACAGCCAGCAGGAGAAAUAAAUCAUGAUUCAGCUUAGUUUUCCUUGAUUCCUAGUUUGUCAUUACAUAGGAACCAGGAAUCAUGGUUAAUAAUUUUGUUUUUAAAAGUCCAUGGUUUGGGGUUAAUUUUUUUUGGCAGUUGUUGAGAAUUUGUUUUAAUCAUAACUACAGGGCAGGAAUCUGGGAAAGUGAAACAAUCAUGGCUUAUUCCUCCUCGCAUCAGCACAGGUGUAGCAUUGCUUGGGCAUAUUAUGCUAAAUCAUGGAUUAGGGUUAUGUGCAAACAAGGCCUCUGUUUCUCUAUAACAUGACAUAAUGUGCCUGUUACUUGUCCAUGCAAUUGUGUGUAUAUGCUUGUUCGUUCCAAGCAACUCAUUUAUGCAUAUUUGAUGGAGUUUGAUGUGUUCUUUGAUUCCAAAAUCAAAAUUAUAUCUGUACACCCUGACAUGCUUGCUUUGGUCUGGAAAACUGAAUGCACUAAAAACUAGACAAUUAUGGUAGCAUAGGUGAGCAUCUACCAUUUCCCCCCACCCCCCCACCCCCGCCCAUGCCCCCUAGAUGUUUGGGUCUUCGACAAAAUCCAGUACUGUGUAGCUUGUAUUAGGCAGAGAAUGUCUUGAAUGGUAAACUCACCAUCCCUGCAGUCUAACUUCAUGGAAAAAUAUUAAUUCAGAAAUGCUUUUAGAAAUCCUGCCUUUAAAAAAGCGGUUUCCAAGUAAGAAGGAAAGAAAAACUCAGAGCCUAGUGUCCUUUAGAGUAGCUGAAUUAAAGUUGCUUCAAACUGAUGGAGAAAAUCCAGGACCUCACUGGAACAAGUGCACUGCGGCCUCUGUUAGAAGAGAUGGUCUAGCUUAACUGCAGUUACUCACCCAUCAUGUUCAACUGUAGAUUAUCACACAUGUGCAGCAAAAUAAUUCCCACUCCAGUAACAUUUAUAAGUUAAGUUUCAGGUAUCUAUUUUAAACAAGCAGGGUGCAAUCCAACAGAAGCAUGCCUAGAAUCAAUGGGCUCAUUAAGUGUAUUUAAUUCUGUCGUGGCCACCAUUUUAGAGCCACUUUAAGCCACAGCUUUACUUGCUGGAUCAAAAUUUAUACAUCUGAAUAGCAUUUCUGAGGCUGUUAGUAGAAAUGCACUUAUAAUGAACUGGUGCUUAAUAUACAAAACUGUAUUUUAAAUGUAAGAGUUGGUCAAAAGCUAGAACAGUCCAUGAGUAGAACGAGUCAAACAGCUUUGCAAAGAAAGAAGUUUUGGAAAUUUGAUACUUGAACGAGAUACAAUUAAUUGUCUUAGAUACUCCAUUCCUGCAGUGAAUAUCAGACACUGCUGUUAUUCCAGUGCAUUUUUACAACGGUCUUGUCUAUUCCUUUUGUGAGUUCAAGAUAGGCUAACAUUCUUGCUUGUAAAUAAACUUUACUACCAAAAA